CCUUUCUCUUUCCUGGUUAAUCUCUUGAACGCACCCCUGGACUAGGGCUAGCUCUCGCUUCCUUAACAAUUUGGUAUCAGAUAUGGGCACGAUGGGGAACACACCAACGACAACAGAGGCGUUGAAGUCCUUACUACAAGGUGAAGAUCAACAGCAGGUUGACUUAAAAGAACAGCUCACAGAUAUCAAGAACACCGUGACUGACUUGGCAGGAAUGCCAGCAUCUUUCGCUGAGAUGAGUAAAACUGUCGCACACCUAUAAAACGCUGUCAACCAAUUGUUGCAGGACCCACCAUCAUCCAGUCCACAUUCCGGACGACCACGACACACAUUUCAUCACCAACGUGACUCGGAUGAUGGGAUGGUUCCCAGUACUCCAAGUUGGAGCUUCCCCAGUAUGAUGGAUCCAGCGAUCCGCUAGCUUGGCUGAAGCGGUGCGAGCGAUUCUUCGCCCAACAGCACACCCAACCACAGGCACAAGUAGGGUUGGCUACUUUUCACAAGACUAGUAAUGCCCAAAACGAUCUGUCCUUUACAGUCUUGGAGUUCAACUCUUUGGACAGAGUUCUAUAUUCGCUGCUCAAAACGAUUAGGGCCACCAAGCAGCCACAGGCCCACAACACGGAGGGUCUGGGUGAACUUAAAGCACAUGUCUGACUUGGAAUCUUAUAUAACCAAGUUUCAGGCUUUCAGCAGUUGCUAGCCCGAAGCGCUAGAGUAUCAAUCCGCAUGCAAAUCAACAUUUUUAUGGCUGGACUUCGAGAGACGGUACACAUGGAGGUCGAAUACCAAGACCCUGUCGAUCUUGACAGGAGCAUGAUGCUCGCCAGAAGAAGCGAGCGCAAAUAUUUACAGUUGCGACCUCAACAAAAAAUACAUAUGGAUCAGCUAGGUCAGAGAUUCGAAUUCCUCAGUCCAAUCACUCAGUUCUCCCCGAGCCAGCACCAGUUAAGAAAAGUUACAGUCCUAUGUUUAAAAAAUUAACCCGGCUAAAACUGUUGUGCGACAAGAAAAGGGAUCAUGUUAUAAUUGUGAUGAACAUUGGAUUUGUGACCAUAGGUGCAAAAGAGUAUUUUAUUGUUGAAAUUGUGAGUGAUGAACUUGGAGAUGCCCCGGAAACCCAAAUUAGGAUCUCACUGUCACUCAACACAAUGACUGGGUUCGGGUCAUAUUCCACCAUGCAACUGGACGCAACCUUGUUCAACCCGUCCAUGACGGUUUUGGACGAUUCGGGGAGUACUCACAAUUUUAUCCACCAACGUUUGGUCCCCAUGAACACACUUCAGCAGCACCCUGGAGAUUUUGGUGGCCAAUGGAGACCGGGUACCCAUCAUUGGUACAUGUUCGCGUCUUAUGUUCCCUGUUAACAAUGACCACUUGCAUGCAGAUUUUUAUGUAUUGCUGGUCCGAUUUUGGUAUGAUUUUGGGCAUCCGAAAGCUUUGCGGGCUUAUCUCCAUCCAAUGGGACUUCUCAAAACUUCCCACAUAGUUCACCUGGAAGGCUAAGCCGGUGGCAUGACAGGGUUGCAGUACGACGUUUCAGCUGCCUCUCACACUUGGUAAUCUAUUUCACACUUCCUUGGCUUCCACCCUAGUGUGCAUGUGAUCACCACAUUACUUUACUUCUCAGCACAAGUCCAGUUGUGGUUUGUCCAUACUGCUACCCGUAUUCCAAUUGUGGUUUGUCCAUACUUCCACCCUAAUGAAUGAUAUAUUCAGCCCGUAUCUCUGAAAGCUUGUCUUGGCCUUCUUUCACGAUAUCCUCAUUUACAGCAAGUCAUUGUUGGAUCAUAAGCAUCACAUCCACCUCAUCCUAGAACUGUUACAGUCACAUGGUCUCUUUUUAAAGCAGUCCAAGUGCAGCUUCGGGGCUGACAAUGCAUUACUUAGGACACGUCAUUCACAGGAAGGGAGUGGGAGUUGAUCUGGCGAUGAUUCAGGCAGUCUGUGAUUGGCCUAAUCCGACCUCGGCCAUGGCCUUACGAGGCUUCUUGGGGCUAGCAGGCUACUACCGCAAAGUAAUUCCACAUUGGGGAGAUAGCUGCAUGUUUAACCCAGCUCUUUAAAAAGAAUGAGUUCAGCUGGAACGUAGUAGCAGAAGCAUCUGUCAAAACUUUGAAACUCCGUUUGUCUACUACACCUGUGCUUCAACUCUCAGACUAGACAAAACUUUUGUUACUUUUGUUGUGGAAUGUGAUGCUUCUAGGGAGUGGCAUAGGGGCUGUUUUGCAGCAAGAGGGGCACCAAAUAGCUUAUUUCAGCCGUGAAGUUGCAAACCGCCACGUGAAAUUAGCUGUGUAUGAAAGAGAACUCAUCGAUCUGGUUAAAGCCGUCACUCACUGACAGCCUUAUUUGGGAGGCCAAGAAUUUCUCAUCUGCAUCGAGCACUCCAGUUUGAAACAUUUACUGGACCGUUUGACCACGUCCCCACAACAACACUAGCUCAAGAAGUUAAUGGGAUUUAAUUUUUGUGUCGAGUACAAACAAGGAUGCCUUAACACCGUUAUUGGCAGCUCUCACAAUUCCCUUUAACACCGUGUUAGACGAGAUACGAGUGGUCCAGUCACUGUAUGCAGAAAUUCAAGAAAUGAAAAGUUAAAUAUUUGCAGGCACAAACUAUUUGUGCUACACUGCUACCCGACUCCACAAUACCUACCCUCCUAUCAAUCUUGCACAAGAUGGCACAUGAAGGUGGCAAAAAAAAAAAAACUGUCAAACACGCCUGCUGCAUGAAUUCUACUGGAUUGGUAUGUAAUAUUCAAUGGAAAAUUAUACAUGAAAUAGUCAGGCAUGUCAUCAACAACACAAGUGGUUAAACUUACAACCCACAGGACUACUCCAACCGCUGCCAAUUCCAGAGCAUGUUUGGUCAAAUAUCUCAAUGGGUUUUGUGGAAGGCCUACCGAAGGUUCACGACAAGACCUUGGUCAUCAACAAGUUGUCUAAAGCAAUGCAUUUAAAUAUUUGCUAAUAAAAAUGUCCGACUCCGCAGACCACCAGAAUCCAUUGUACCGGACAGAGAAAAAAUCUUUGUGAGCCAAACUUGCUUUUUCUUCAGCCUACCACCCUCAAACUGAUGACCAAUCAGAAAUAGUCAACCGCACGGUAGAAAUGUUCUUGUGUUGUCUAACUAGCACACACCCUCGUGAGUGGGUUCAUUGACUUCCAUGUGUGAAGUAUAUUUACAACACUUCUUACCACAUCACUUUGGGUGAUACUCCUUUCUGAUUGGUUUCUGGACGGGAUCUCCCCAAACUGGUGACAUAUGCCGCCCAAAUAGCCAAGUUAGAAGGUGUAGAGCAGGAACUACUUAGCCCGUUGGCCGUGACAACAUCAUUUCUUGAGAAACAGUAGCGUCAUUGCACACAACUUAUCCAGAUUAUGGGCUUGAGGGCAAGCUUUUUGCUAACGAGGGGAGUGAUAUUGUUGACUCCUAUUGGGGCCACACUUACAAAUCACACACAAAGAGUCUGAAGACCCGGGAGUCAACAACUGGAAGUGGUUGAACUUGGGAAAUCAUCGACCUUGGACUAGAUCUUGUACCAUGGCCCUUAACACACAUGUGCUGUAUACCUCUUUCUCAGAAAUGGGGGAAAUGUUAUGGGCGUCCUUGUUUGAGAUUGGGCGGGGAAGAAUCAUGGAUGUGCUUAGUAGAAAGGAGGCCAGACUCACCAUCCACACACGCACAUCGGCACAUAUAUGUUCAUCGUGUGCAUCAAUUUAUUGAUGAUUCAUCAAAAGGUGUACAAACUAUAUACACAAUCCAAAAUUUAUAAAGAAAACAAUUAAACAUUUGAACAGCUCGGCUCCAUCCUCAAACUCAUUGUAACUCUCUCUGUAAUUGGCGUUGCUUAAACAAACGUCGUUUAUCACGUUAGAGAAUCUCUACCGCGUCUUCCUUAUUGUUCUUCAUAUUCAACCCAUUUGACAUGGUGAAUUGCUUAGGUUUGCCAACUCACUUCAGCCGCAAAAGGUAAACUCACCGCCAACAUUCCCCGCCUCCCUUCGCCUUUUUAGUCUUUCUUUUCAUAUUCUUCCUUUUUCAUAUUCUAGAACAACUCACAACCACCACACAGACCUACCGCGACAGGGAACCACCACCAAGGUAUCAAAACCCAAACCCAACCCAACUACCUUCUCAAGCCUCUCUCUAGAACCCACAGAGCGUGCGCACACACACUUUCGAAGUGAAAAGAGGGACGGAAGAAGAGGAAUGGCUAGAGAGAAGCCAGACUCUCUCUCUAUCUACAAGGAGGACUGUAGA